CACACACACACACACACACACACACACACACACACACACACACACACACACACACUUCAUGGCACACCCAUAUGAACCAUGGCUGCGGGCGGCGCCCCCUGGAGGCCCGGAAGAAGUAGGCAUGUCUGGUUGGUGGGACCUACACAGUGGAGCUGCAGGAGGCUGGAUGGACUUGCAGGGGUCACCAUCACUUGGGGUCGGGGGUGGGGCAAUGGGUCAGGGUGGGUCCAUGGGCUUGCAGCCAGCCGUCAGCACCUACAACCCUGAGGCUCAGAUGUGCUGCCUGCCGACGUCACCCCACGCUGGUCCACUUUACCCCCCUGAUGGUUUUAAAAUGGAACCGCUGGCACCGGACAUGCUUCACACUCCACACCACGCCAACUCCUUUUCCCUGGAAGAGUCACAGGAAGGAGCGAGCGGUUCAGCUCGUCCCAGGUCGCAGCGCCGUUCCGGCACCAGAGCUCCGGGUCAAACGGCCUGUCGCUGCCCAAACUGCCUCAGUGCGGAGUCACUAGGAACCAACAACGAUGGUGAUGAUGCCAACAAGCGCAAACACCUGCACAACUGCCACAUCCCGGGCUGUGGGAAGGCCUAUGUGAAAACCUCACACCUGAAAGCUCACCUUCGCUGGCACAGUGGUGACCGGCCCUUCGUCUGCAACUGGCUGUUCUGUGGGAAACGCUUUACUCGCUCAGACGAGCUGCAGCGUCACCUGCAGACACACACCGGCACCAAGCGAUUCAGCUGCAGCGUUUGUCCACGAGUCUUCAUGCGUUCAGAUCACCUGACCAAGCACAUGCGUGUUCACGAGGAGCAGGGAGGUCCAGAAAACACCUCACCAGCCUCUCUGGGUGACGGGGCUCUGACCUCGACUCCACCCGCCGGGGCAGCACCAAGCCUGCAGCUGAAGAGCGAAACCAGUGCUAGCGGAGACGAGACACCAGGAAACAGCACCUAACCAUCACUAACUGAACAUUUUCUUACCCCUGACGCUAAUGCUAAACUCGACUGCACUGCUAAUGCUAAAAUUAAACUUGAUAGUCAUAGCACUGUUAGCAUCAAGUGUUGAAAAAAGAUAUCACUGAUUUAAGGUGAACAUAGCAUCUUUAUUACACCUACUGCAGGAUUAGCAUUAAAUGGCUAUCACCUAUGCUAACAUUACCAACGCUUAUAUGUCACUGAACAAGGAGCUAGCACUGAACGCAUUAGCUAGUUAAUGCUGUUAUUUACAUAAUAUGGUGGAUUUAUGAACACUGGACAACAUUGAUUAAUUUAUAUUUAGAACUGUUAGCAUCCGCUAAUUAACACUGAAUAUAGACCUGAAUCGUGAGCUGAAUUUUGUUAGCAUUAACACAAGUUAUGACUGAUGUAGCGCUGUUAGCAUCAACGGCAAGAGAAUUAUAGCAAUACUUAGUUUAUGUGUUAGCAUGGUUGCCAUUAGCUUCUACACUGAUUGACUAAGAGUGAGGAUAGCACUGUUAGCAUUAGCUCAUUACUACUGACUACUGCUGUGGUUAGCAUUCAGUUAAUAAUAGUGAUAUUAGCACUGCUAUUAGCACCAGUAUCAGACCAUAUCACUCAGUAACAGCGACUGGAUGUUAUGUAACGUGAUGGUAGCAGUGUUAGCGUAGCCGCAUUGCCACGUGUAACACGUAAAACACAUGCAGUAAUUGAUAGUUAAUACUGUUUACAUUAGUGCUGCUAGCUCUUACACACACACACACACGCACACACACACACACACACACACACACACAGUUUUAUGUAGAAUGAUGAUGAUGAUGAGGUGUCACUUGAAUGCAACCUUUCAGCCUUUUAUGGCUUUAAUAUUUAAUAUUUUGUAAUAUUUGUUUUCUGAGUGUAAUUUAUUAAUGAACAGACAAUAAUAAUAGUAAGGGAACAGCUGAGGGAGUUUACUGUCCUGCUUGGAUUUCAGAGGUGUGUGGGAAAUUGAGACGCACUGAAGGUUACUGGAUGACAUUCGGUCCUGGUUUGGUGACUGCAGUGGGUCUGUAACUGUCAGUGUUGGGAGAAUUGAAGCAACUCUGUGUUGAUAAUCUGCUUUCUAACUCCUGGAACUUCACUCUGUGAUUAGUGCUGGACAGAAGUGUGUUACUGUUGGAACUCUGCGUGAAGUUUGAUGGCGUAAACUCUUGUGUCUGUGUCAUGAGUGUGUUCAUUAAUAAAAUCAUUUGGUUGUACAGUU